UCGCAUUGCGCGUGCGCACAGGAGGCCAUGUUGUUGUAGUUCUGUGGGACUGGACCGUCAUAUCCCUCCGUUACUGUAUGUCUCUGCGAUCAUCACUCCCCUCCCGUUUUUGACAUCGGGGACAAGUAAAUAAACCGGAGGGCUCAAACGGUGACUCGCACAAUGAAUUUAAGCCUGGAUCUGUCGCGCAGAAACCCUCAGGAGGAUUUUGAGCUGAUUCAGAGGAUCGGGAGCGGAACCUAUGGGGAUGUGUACAAGGCUCGUAAUGUCAACACUGGAGAACUGGCUGCUAUCAAAGUCAUCAAACUAGAGCCAGGAGAGGACUUUGACGUGGUGCAGCAGGAGAUUAUUAUGAUGAAAGAUUGUAAACACUCAAACAUUGUUGCAUAUUUCGGCAGUUACCUCAGGAGAGAUAAAUUAUGGAUCAGCAUGGAAUACUGCGGUGGAGGCUCACUCCAGGAUAUUUACCAUGUUACUGGGCCGUUGGCGGAAUCCCAAAUUGCUUAUGUAUGCCGGGAAACCCUGCAGGGUGUUUACUAUCUCCAUAACAAAGGCAAGAUCCACCGAGAUAUAAAGGGUGCAAAUAUACUGUUGACUGACAACGGCUACGUUAAGCUAGCUGAUUUUGGCGUUUCAGCGCAGAUAUCAGCCACUUUAGCAAAAAGAAAGUCCUUCAUUGGAACUCCAUAUUGGAUGGCACCUGAGGUGGCAGCAGUUGAACGGAAAGGUGGAUACAAUCAGCUGUGUGAUAUCUGGGCCGUGGGCAUCACAGCUAUUGAGCUGGCAGAGCUAGAGCCGCCAAUGUUCGACUUGCACCCCAUGAGAGCACUUUUCCUAAUGACCAAGAGCAGUUUCCAACCACCUAAGCUGAAAGACAAAGUAAAGUGGACAAAUAAUUUCCACCACUUUGUGAAAAUGGCUUUGACCAAAAACCCCAAGAAGAGACCAACGGCUGACAGAUUACUGCAGCACCCAUUCGUUACCCAACCGCUUAGCCGGACUCUUGCCAUUGAACUACUGGACAAAGCCAACAACCCUGACCACAGCACCCACAGUGAUGCAGAGGAGGAUGACAUUGACCCAGAGUCUCCCGUGUCUGUUCCGCAUCGGAUCCGCUCAACUAGCAGGAGCUCACGAGAUGGAAAGACUCUGUCUGAGAUUAACUUUGAUAAGGUGAAGUUCGACCCGCCUUUGAGAAAAGAAACCGAACCGCAUCAUGAGAUGGAUCUACCAUUAGAGCCCCAAAGCCUUCUGGGAAAUAACAAGAGUCUAUUAAAAUCUGUUGCUGAGGAGCUCAGUCAAAGGGGUCAUGUGACACAUUUAGAGGAUGAGGAGGAGGAUGAAGGUGAUGAUUUGCACAGUAACUCCACUUCAACCAUGAGGCCUAGAGUGCCACCUCCUCUGCCACCCAAGCCGAAGCUUCUGUCUCCCGGUCAGAACAGUAGCACCUCAGAGGACAAUACUGGAGAAGGGACCAUUAAACGUUCCCCAGCUUCUGCAAGCUCCACCCCUCCUGUUCGGCCUGCUUCCUGUGUGCCCCCGAGACCACCACCUCCUCGCCUGCCUCCACGCCGGCGUAGUAGUUUAGGUAACAAACGAUCUGAGCAUGGUCAGACAGAGCCAGCAGGGGAUGAUGGGAUUUAUAGGUUCUGGGAAUGGCUUCAUGAUGAACAACAGGAAGAACAAAGUAAUGGAGUUUCUGUCCAGGAGAAUGGAGAGAAAGAAAAACUUGCCUCCCUUCCUUCACCUAAUCUAAAGUUUCCAUUCAGUAAUGGCCUUCCACCGACCCCUAAAGUACACAUGGGAGCUUGUUUCUCUAAAGUGUUUAACGGCUGUCCGCUAAAGAUUCACUGUGCCUGUUCCUGGAUAAACCCAAACACCAGAGAUCAGUAUCUGAUUUUUGGUGCAGAGGAAGGAAUUUACACCCUCAAUUUGAAUGAAAUCCAUGAGAGCUCAAUGGAACAGCUGGUUCCACGGAGGUGUACAUGGGUGUAUGUAAUGAACAACUGGCUGCUUUCAAUAUCAGGUAAAGCAUCUCAGCUGUACUCUUACAACCUGACGAUGCUUUUUGAGCAAGCUCGACAAAUGCAGAAGUUACCUGUUGCCAUACCAACACACAAACUCCCAGACAAAAUCAUCCCACGGAAGUUUACUGUAUCCAAUAAAAUACCAGAUACGAGGGGUUGUCAGAAAUGUUGUGUAGUGCGAAACCCAUACACCGGUCAUAAGUACUUAUGUGGAGCUUUCCAGUCCAGCGCAAUGCUGUUUGAAUGGGUGGAAGCCAUGCAGCGCUUCAUGCUGAUAAAGAGCAUAGACCUCACCCUGCCGUGUCCAUUAGAAGUCUUUGAGAUGUUGGUAGUUCCUGAGCAGCAUUAUCCACUGGUGUGUGUGGCAGUCAGUAAAGGAAGCCAUCCUGAUCAGGUGGUCACAUUUGGCACAGUUGAUCCCAAUGCCGCCAACCCAGCGUUCACAGAGCCCGAAACACCUCAAACGUGUGUCAUUCAUGUGACUCAGCUGGAGAGAGAUACCGUCCUCGUGUGUCUAGAUCGGUGUAUAAAGUUGGUGAAUUUACAGGGCAGGUUAAAAUCCAACAGAAAGCUGUCAACUGAACUCACCUUUAACUUCCAGAUUGAGGCAAUAGUAUGUCUGCAGGACAGUGUUUUGGCGUUCUGGAAGCAUGGAAUGCAGGGAAGAAGCUUUAAAAACAGUGAGAUUACUCAGGAGAUCUCUGAUAACUCGCGGAUCUACAGGCUGCUGGGUGCGGAUAGAGUGGUGGUGUUGGAAAGCAAACCGACAGAAGACCCUACAGCUCAAAGUAAUCUGUACAUCCUCGCGGGCCACGAGAACAGCUACUGACAACACACUGCCUUAACACACACUACAUAAUGCAUGCUACGAAGUACAUGCUCCUGAGACUUAAACGCCUCAUGUUCAUUUAUGAAGCUACUGAACAAAACACUACAAACAAAAAACAGCAAAUCAAGUCAAUACAUUAUAUCUUUUGGUAUCGUACAGGUUCAACGUAAUUUUUUGGUACUGCCAAACUGCGUGAAAUUAAUAUAAAUGCAUUUCAGUGUCAGAGACCUUGAUAAACAACCAUCAGUUCUGUGCGACUGAGAUAACUAAUGUGAAAACACAGCAGUCUAGUACAAAAUAUCAUGGCUUUUUAUAUCAGGCAUGAUAUGCAGGUGUUUUACCAUCUUGUUAGCUUUGUAGCUUUCAGUACUGCCUUGUAAACGGCUCCUCUCUGUCAUGCUAAUAACAGUUCACACGGAACGCAUUCUCGCAUUUAAAAAUAGAAGAACACAAGAAUUUGUUUACAUAGAAAAACAUUUAGUAGAAUUUAACGCAAAAGCACGCUCUGUGUGAACCAACUGUAAGUCU